AGAGUAGCCUAUCAGCAGUGAGGAUUUCUGCUCAGGCUUCUGCAGGGGCAGCUAAGCAGGACCUACGGCUCCUGUGUCAGAUUGGAUUCAUUCCAGUCGCUCUGUGCAACAGGGAGCUGGAUCUGGACCUCUUCUGUGCAUGAAGCAAGACACUCUGCAAACAUGGCUGGUAAAAUUCUGAGUCUGACUGAGGAGGAGAGGGCCCACCUACUCCCCCUGCUACGCAACGCUCAGUGGGUGGAGGUUGUGGGACGGGACGCUAUUUACAAAGAGUUUCUUUUUAAAGACUUCAAUCAGGCUUUUGGUUUCAUGUCCAGAGUGGCUUUACAAGCUGAGAAGAUGGACCAUCAUCCUGAGUGGUUCAAUGUCUAUAACAAGGUCCAGAUCACUCUCAGCACACAUGACUGUGGGGGGCUGUCCCAGCAAGACAUCACUUUGGCAACCUUCAUUGACCAGGCAUCACUGAUGUGAGCAACACACAUUGUCAGUCAUUUCAACAGUGAAAACUUAAGUGCUUCGUAUAUUCAUUCCACUGAGGAGUCUGAAGAUGUGACCUACAAAUCCAAAGAAUAUGAACCAGCUACUUCCAAUGAAUUGUGAAUAAUGUAGCUGUAUGUAUUAGACUGCAAAGGGUCCAAUUUGUUUUUAAAACUAUGUUGUUGGUUUUGCACUUGGCAAAUAAUUUUUUAGCCAAAGGUUAAUGGUAAAAUGUUUACACAAAGUCUUAAGAAUCAAGUUAUUUCUCAAGAACUAUUCCAUAGAACAUUUACAGUGGUACGUGUUCCUCUGUCACUAGUCUUUUGUGCCAAUGUCUUUGUACUUUACUGUUCAUAAAUGUUAUUUUCUGUC